AUUGUUGCUUAUUUGUUGUCCUGGCGAUUGGUACUAAUGGAGCUCUUAAAACAUCAUUAUUAUAUUAGGUGAAACGUCAAUGCAUCAAUGCUUCCUGCUGAGGUAUUGAGAAAAAAAUCGCAUGUACUUGUUGGGUAAUAAGUAGGGGAAGAAUUGGGAAUAUGUUGAUAAGAGCAAUAUACUCUGAACAGUUUUUGAGUUGAGACACCACUAUAGGAUUUUUGGGUUUCUAUUUCUGCGUUGGUUAAUUUGCAACAUCAGUAGAGUGAAGAAUAUACUUACUUGCUCACCCUUUUUGUUAGUAAAGAAACAUGAUUCUAGAUAAGUACACUUGUUUGUUAAUGCCAAUUAUCUUAUCUUAUCUUUUCUUACACUGAUGGAAAGUUGUCACACAAGACCACCUCAUAUUGGAGUAAUUUAUUUGAUACCACAUUCAAGUGGAGUACUCUUAAACUUAAGCAGAUGAUGGUGUAUGUGGACUAUAUAUUUGCUGUACAGAAGUAGAAGAGCAAUAUUUCAUUUGCUGUCUCAAGAACAAGUGGAAUACAUAUAGGAGAGACAUGUGUUGGGAUUGAUAACUGCUCUUUAAUCUUUCUUUCCACAUGCAAGAUGGAUAGAGAUGUGGAAAGGGAUUGUGGAUGGUUUAAGGAGAAGAGGUGGGAUUCUAGAAGGAUACUUAGCUCAGGUGGAAUGCCAUCAUCACAUUCAGCAACGGUAACAGCACUUGCGGCGGCUAUUGGAUUACAAGAAGGAACUGGAGGAUCAGGGUUUGCCAUCGCAGUGGUUUUGGCAUGUGUUGUAUGUACUUUGUCAACCAGGUCUUCUUCAUUCUUUUGCAGUGCUGUGCUUGCUUAUGCCUUUUUAAAAAACCAGUCCAUGGACACUACUGUACUAAGAGCCAGUGGCCUGUGCACAGGAGGCAGGCUAGCUCUGUAG